AUCAAAAAUCUUAAAAGUUCAUUCGGUAAUUUCUAUGGAUAAGAUUUUCUGACGACUCUUUUGUUUCUUCUUCUUCUUCCUCCUCCUCUGUCCACUCUUCUUCUUCAGCCAGCAAAUGCAAUUCAUGGAAACAACUGAAAGCAUUUAUAGCUUUCUGAUUCAAGAACCAGAGCAAAUUUCCCAAAAACAAAAAUUACUUUCAUUCUUAAUAAUCGGUUUUUGAGAGUGAGAUCGACCAGUUGUAGCCAAAGAAAUGCUGGGGGAGUUUAGCAAAGAGAGACCAAUUAAAACCAAUCACCACCGAAUUCAAGCUUCAUCAACUGCGGAAACAACCCAUCAAUCAGAAAAAAUUAACAAUACCCAGAUGCUGCAGCAAUCUCGUUGUCUGAUUUGCUUAGAGAACAAGAGUUGUUCAAGAGUUCGUUCAAGAACAAAGUUAAUGAACGUUCUAAUCGAAAGUGGUAAGCCAGAAGAAGUGCACUUAAUCUUCAAUGGUUUAAUAGAAGAAGGCCAUAUACCAACACUAGUAACAUACACAACCAUCUUAACCGCUCUAACCUUACAAAAGCGUUUCAAAUCAAUCCCAUCUCUCAUUUCCAAAGUCGAACAAAACAACAUCAAACCAGACUCAAUCUUCUUCAACGCAAUGAUCAAUGCCUUCUCUGAAGCAGGAAAAGUUACAGAAGCCAUGAAAAUCUUUAGAAAAAUGAAAGAUAGUGGCUGCAAACCCACAACCAGUACUUUCAACACAUUGAUUAAAGGAUUCGGAAUCAUUGGUAAGCCAGAAGAUUCGAUGAAGCUACUUGAAUUAAUGUCUCAUGAAGAAAAUGUUAAACCAAAUGAUAGAACCUUCAAUAUAUUGGUUCAAACUUGGUGUAAGAAGAACAAUGUUAAUGAAGCUUGGAAUGUGGUUUAUAGAAUGGUUGAUUUUGGUGUUAAACCAGAUGUUGUUACUUAUAAUACUUUAGCCAAGGCUUAUGCGCAGAAUGGGGAAACCAAUCAAGCAGAGGGAAUGAUAUUCGAUAUGAAGAACAAUAAGGUUGUACCAAAUCAAAGAACUUGUGGAAUCAUCAUUAAUGGAUACUGUCAAGAGGGUAAUAUGAUGGAUGCUUUGCGGUUUGUUUAUAGGAUGAAAGAAUUUGGAUGUCGUCCCAAUCUUAUCAUCUUUAAUUCUCUCAUCAAAGGAUUUCUUGACAUUAUGGAUACAGAUGGAGUCGACGAGACAUUGACAUUGAUGGAAGAAUAUGGUGUAAAACCAGAUGUGGUAACAUUCAGCACAAUCAUGAACGCUUGGAGUUCACAAGGACAAAUGGAGAAAUGUCAAGACAUUUUCCAAGACAUGGUGAAGACUCGAAUAGAACCCGACAUUCAUGUUUUCAGCAUUCUGGCAAAAGGAUACGUUCGAUCAGGAUCACCAGCUGAAGCAGAAGCUGUUCUCAAGACAAUGAAACAAUACUCUGUUCGUCCAAACGUUGUCAUCUUCACAACAAUCAUCAGUGGAUGGUGCAGUGCAGGGGAAAUGGAAUACGCUAUGAGAAUCUACGAAAGAAUGUGCCAACUUGACAUCUCCCCGAAUUUGAAAACAUUUGAAACUCUUAUAUGGGGAUUUGGAGAAGCUAAACAGCCAUGGAAGGCUGAAGAGUUGAUUCAGGUUAUGGAAGAAAAGGGUUUUAAGCCUGAGAAGAAAACAAUUCAGUUAGUUGUUGAUGCGUGGCGUUCUAUCGGGUUAGUUGAUGAAGCCAAGAGGAUUUCACAAGAUGAAGAAGAGUAUAAUAUAGAAGCUUCUUAUUCAAAUGUCUUGCAAAUACCAACAACUAUGUCUUCAAGUAAUAAUGGGAGGAGCCAUAUGGUUAUAAAUUAUUAUGGAAUCCAAUCUGAAAGUGUUAGCAUCAAAAUGAAGCUUCGAAAUCAUAACCUCAGCUGGGGGCGAAGAUCGUUAACUACACAACCGCAGCCCAAAACUUGCAAAUUGCAGUCUUGUGUUAUUUACAGGCCUCAUGUAAAUUCUUCAUCUUCUUCUUCUGGAGUGGUGAUCUGGAACUGAUAUGGAUCGAACCGAUAAAUGUUUUUAAGGUAAGGUGUACAUAUAUAUCAUGGGAAUAUCUUGUUGUAAUAUAAACUUUGUUGGAUUUGGUUAUGUUAUGGAUCAAUCAUUUAUAAUACAAUUAUUGUAAAAACCCUGAAUUCUCAAAAUUAAGUAGCCUAACAUAAACCUUAAAUAAUUGAACACCUCUGUUUUUAUGUUUCAUUUGGGCUAUAUAAAAAUUUGGAUAGAUUGGUUCAACUU